AUGUUAUGUCAUCAAACCCUUUUGGCAAUCCACAAUAAAGUCAAGGAAAUGCCUCGCAAAGUAUCAUAUGGAGUUGAUUUUGAUGAAGAGUAUGAUGCUUAUGAUGAUUAUCAUGAUGAUUAUGAUUAUAAUCAUGGCAAUGGCAUAGAUGAAAACGAAACUGCUUGGGAACCUCCUGUUACAAAAGAAGAAAUAGUGUAUCAAAAUGUUUGGCGUUGUCCUAUUUGUACAUAUGAUAAUGAUGAAUAUAUGUCUUCAUGUGAUAUAUGUGGUGUCCUUCGCAACCCUUUAAUCAAAAGCUCCAACAAUGGCCAAUCAAGUACAGUUGAUGGAAUAUGCACAAACUUUGGAGCAUCAAUGAUGGCAAAGUCUCUUUUUACAUCAUUGCCAUAUGAGUCACCAAGAGGGGGUGUAACUGUAAACUUUCAACCACAGAAAGAUGAUUCUUCAAGAAAAGAGGACACAUUCUCUCUUCACGUGCAUGGAAAAUUCCAUGAUUUACAUAAUGCCAUUAUCUCUGAAAAAUCUUACAAGGUUAACAUAGCCCCUUUCAAGUUUGAUACCCCAUCUCCAGAUGAUGUUGUUUCUUUGGGAUUGAAGUCUUACAAAUUAGGUUCCAAAGUUGUACCCAACUUGGAGAAACCAUCCACUUCUGAUGCUCCUUCCAACAAGAAGAUUGAAAAUGCCAACUUGAAGUCAAAUGCUAAAUCUUCCAACAAAUCACCACCAUUGAUUUCAAAAGAUAAACCACAACACAUGGAGAACAAUAACAUGACACAAACACAUAAGAUUUCCAGCGAAUUUAACAACAUGACCAUGAGUGCCGAAUCUGGAACUUCCAAAAUUGCAAACAAGGGUAAAAUGGGUAAAACGGGUAUAACUGCAUCUCGCUCACAGUAUAAACCUGAGAAGUGGAUGCUACUUGAUGAAGGAGAAGAUCGUCUGAGUCAGCUAAAUCUUGCUAUUGUUGGGCAUGUGGAUUCUGGAAAGUCAACACUUUCAGGAAGGCUGCUACACCUUUUGGGACAAAUAUCUCAGAAACAAAUGCAUAAAUUUGAAAAGGAGGCUAAAUUACAGGGGAAAGGUUCGUUUGCUUAUGCAUGGGCAUUAGAUGAGAGUGCUGAAGAACGAGAAAGGGGGAUAACAAUGACAGUUGGAGUUGCCUUUUUCAACUCUAAAAAACACCAUGUUGUGGUGUUGGAUUCACCAGGGCAUAAAGAUUUUGUCCCAAACAUGAUAUCAGGUGCAACACAAGCAGAUGCUGCAAUUCUUGUUAUUGAUGCAUCACUUGGUGCGUUUGAAGCAGGUAUCGAUAGUGCAGGAGGUCAAACACGGGAACACGCACAGCUGAUUAGAAGCUUUGGUGUUGAUCAAAUCAUUGUUUCUGUCAAUAAAAUGGACGCUGUUCAAUACUCCAAGGAAAGGUUUGAUAAUAUUAAACUCCAACUUGGGGUUUUUCUUCGUUCUUGUAAUUUUAAAGAUUCUAAUGUCACGUGGGUCCCGUUGAGUGCUAUGGAAAAUCAAAACUUGGUUGCUCCUCCUUCCGAUGCUCGAUUGCUUUCCUGGUAUAAGGGAGGUAGUUUGUUGGAAGCCAUAGAUGCGUUUCAACCUCCUGCUAGAGAAUAUUCUAAGCCUUUAUUGAUGCCUAUUUGUGAUGUCAUCAAACUCCCAUCUCAAGGUCAGGUAUCUGCAUGUGGGAAGUUAGAAUCCGGAGCUCUUCGAAAUGGAACAAAGGUUAUGAUUCUGCCAUCUGGAGACAUUGGAACAGUUCGAUCUUUAGAACGUGAUUCACAGGCGUGUAGCAUUGCAAGAGCUGGAGAUAAUGUAGCUGUUACUCUACAAAAUAUUGAUGCAAAUGUUGUGAUUUCGGGUGGUGUAUUGUGUCACCCUGAUUUUCCAGUGUCGGUUACAAACCAUUUGGAGUUGAAGAUUCUUGUUUUGGAUGUCCAAACGCCAGUUUUAAUCGGCUCUCAGUUGGAGUUUCAUAUACACCAUGCAAAGGAAGUAGCAAGAGUUUCAAAGAUUGUGUCUUUGCUUGAUGCAAAAACAGGGAAGGUUACUAAGAAGUCACCAAGAUGUCUCUUAUCCAAACAAACUGCCGUAGUUGAGGUGAUGCUUCAAGGGGAAGUAUGUGUGGAUGAAUUUUCAAGUAGCAGAGCUCUUGGGAGGGUGUUUCUGAGAUCAUCAGGGACAACUGUUGCUGUUGGUGUGGUAACUAGAGUUAUAGUAGAUGACCAGAGUUAGUUAUAUUAUCAUAUUUAUUUAUGGUAUAACUAGUGUAGUAGUUGUCAUGUCUCAUUUUGACCACUUUGACUUGAUACAUGCCCUUAUAAGUAAGUUAUAACAAGUUGCAUGCGGAAAUGUUUUGUAAGUUGUGUUGAGUGAGUGUAUACAAUUUUGUAUCCAUCAGGUAGUUUUUUGACUAAUUCUGCUUCCAUAAUUUAUGUAAACAACUUGUUUCACAUGCCUGCAGUUCUUACUAUAUGAGUCGAGUGUUAUUUUAGCUGAAUAAAUGCAAUUUAAAAAUAUAUUCAAGGAAAAG